AUGUCAGCAGAACUCCCUUUAAAGAUCCGUGUUGACAUACGGGACAAAUGGGAGUCGCCCAAAGGAAUGAUCCAAAAAAGUAUUGACGACCUCGAGAAGACUUUGGGGCACAAGAUUGUUCCGGAAGUUCAAUGGCUGCAAUUAUACGAUGCACUCAAGGGCGUGUAUCCGGACAAAGCGCAGUUCAUACCAUCCAUCGCGCGAGUCGUCAACGCCUUCUAUGGACGCCUAUUGGCGAGGGUGGACGACGAUAACAACAGCGAGUGGACGGAGGAAUUACUCGAGAUGCUUGCAAAGAAGCCUAACUCCAGUUGGUUGUUAAAACUUGAGAUUAGUGCUGGACGGUGCCCAAAGGUUAAUUUGAAAAGAGAAUUCAGUGCUUUCACACUUGAGAUCCCUAAUGCCCAGCUCCCACUGAAUGCGGCUGUCGAGUCUAUGUUCGACCAGGACUUAGACCUGCUCUUCUCCUCUGAGGUCGGGAUCUCGUCUUCGGACGCUGCUGUAAACGAUGACGAUUGGGCCAAAGUAAACGUUCGUGGAGAGACGACAUUAUCAUCGCAUGCUUCAACCCUCGUCCCAUCCGGAAUCGCCGUGACCCCCCGUAUACAAAAAUUACCCAACAUAGAUAUGCUGGAUCGCCCUGCACAACUGUUCAAAUCCACAGCGCCGUACUUCCUGACUGUCGACGCUAGAACCAUUCCACUUGUUAUCCAAGGCAGCCAUCAGCCAAGUCUCGAACUUUUGGCAGAGUAUUUGAAAAAAUGGGCGAAAACGAACAUGGGUGAUAGCCUCAAAAGGCCAAUAUUGAAAGUGGAGCUUGUUGAAUCGGCCUUCGUGUUUGGAGUAAUUGACGGUAUCAUAAUCGAACCCUCAGUCCCUAUGCGUGCAUCAGUACCACUGAAUCCAAUGCUCAUAUUAGCAUUUGUGGAGGGUGUCCUUGGAUAUAGGGAAACGCACACAACAGGAGCUCAUUGGGUCUUCAAGCUCGAAGCCCCUUUAAGAUAG